AUGGUGGGCGACCGGGGGAGGAAGAAGGCGGAGGAAAAAGAGGUCGAGUGCAAAAGAGAGAGUGAGAAAGAGCACACUGGCAAGAGGUGCAAAGUUGAUUCGAGGCGCGAGGGUCAACAAACGAACGGCGGAGGAAAGGUGAGGAAGUGGGAGCUGGAGAAGGGGGCAGCAGCGGAUGCUCGUCUUCACUUUUCCCCUUCGGUAUUGCUGGGCCCCCCUUUCUACGUGCAGAUGGCCAAUAAAUCCUUCAAUAGCGUCUGGAUGCUGGCAGCGGAUCUCCCGGCCCGUGUCGUCCUUUACGUGCAAGAUGCACAGGGAGUCGAUUUUAACCUGAUGCCAGCGUUGCUUCGCUUCGAAAGUCUGGGGUUUUCGUCAGCGCUCACGGCCUGGGUUGUGAUCCAGCCGGGGACUACCAGUGGAAGAUCAGAGCUUCUUUUCAAGGGGUUUAUCGCCAUGAAUACUCGACAAGUUAUUGAUGAAUCGGUUGGGCCGUAUUCGUUAUCGGCCAACUUCAACCAUGAUAGCAGCUGCUUCUCUGUAGGCUUGGAUACGGGUCGCUUCGAUGAAGUCUUUAGUGCGGAUCCAUGUGAGCUCAAGGUGUCCAGAGACUUCAAUGCUGGGAUCGGAGUGGUCGAGAUGCUCGGCCAGUCGAAUUACCUUGCCAUAGUAGGAGGCGGGAAACAGCCCAAAUUCCCUCAGAACAAGCUCGUCAUCUGGGAUGACGCAAAGCAGAAGGCAGUCAUCACUCUCGAAUUUCGCACGUCUGUCCUCGGAGUCCGGUUGUCCAAGUCGCGUAUCGUGGUCACCCUGCUCAACAGCAUCCACAUAUUUGCUUUCACCAAUCCGCCGCAAAAACUCUCCGUGUUCGAGACCUCAGAUAACCCAUUGGGACUGGCAUGUUUGGGGCAGAAGCUUCUAGCCUUCCCCGGCAGAUCGCCGGGACAGGUCCAGCUGGUUGAGCUGGAGACCGGCAAUGUUAGCAUCAUCCCGGCCCACAGCACGCCAUUACGAGCGAUGACAUUGAGCCCUGAUGGGGAGGUACUGGCCACUGCAAGCGAAGCGGGCACCCUGGUCCGAGUAUACUCGACGAGUAACUGCGCGAAGAUUGCCGAGCUCCGCCGGGGCGUGGACCAUGCCGUCAUCUUCUCGCUCGCCAUCUCGCCGUCUAAUGCCUUACUGGCAGUGACGUCGGACAAGUCGACGUUGCAUAUCUUCGAUCUCCCCCAUCCCCGUGCGCUGUCCCGCCGUAGCCAGUCGCCGUCCCCGGCUUCCGACGAGGUCACAAACCAGAAAUGGGGCAUCCUUGGAAAGAUCCCCUUGCUGCCCCGCGUUUUCUCCGACAUCUACUCAUUUGCCAGCGCACACUUUGAAAUGGGCGACGAGACACCGCCUGGCUCCCACUAUGCAUCACCGCCCUUGGGGUCCUCGCUAGCAAGGUCGCCCAAGGGCGUGAUCGGCUGGUUGGAUGAACGCACAAUCGUCGUCAUCGGCUCUGGACGGGAAGGUCGCUGGGAGAAAUUUGUCCUCCGCGACGGGGAUGAUGGACGGAGACAUUGCAUUAGAGAAGGCUGGAAGCGAUAUCUAGGCGGCGGCUGA